CCCGGCCUUGGUGUGAAGGGCCGGGGCUGGGCCCGCUCUGGGUGUGAGGGGUCGAGGGGGGGGCCCAAGCUCCUGUGGGGGGAACUGGGGUCCCCUCCUCAUGAGGGGCUGGGCCCCUUCCCCAUCCUGAGGGGCUCCUGUGAGGGGCUGGGCCCCUUCCCCAUCCUCAGGGGCUCCUGUGAGGGGCUGGGGCUGAGCCCCCUCCCCAUCCUGAGAGGCUCCAUUUGCCUGUGAGGGGCUGGGGCUGAGCCCCCUCCCCACCUUGGAGGGCUCAGAGCAGACCCCAACCCCCUCUGAGGGUCUUCCCAGCUGAGCUGUGCCCAUGUGAGCUGCUCAUCACCCUCCUGACACCCCUCCCCUCACCUCUGCUCCCUUUAGGUGGGCUCAGGGUGGGCUGGGAGGAGCCCCUUCCCCAUCACCCCCUUUCUAAAAGUGGUAGGACAGUCUCAAAGGGCUUGGAAGGGCCGGUUUUAAACAGAAACAUUGGGAUUUAGAGGCUCACAAAUGAGGAACCCCUUUGUUUCUCCUCCCACAGAGCCCUGCCUGCUUUAUAGAAUAUUUUUCAUCGCUUGGAUGCUUCAUUUUAAGCCAGUGACCCGAGCAGGAGCUGAGCUGGUCCCUUGGUGCAGCAGUUCUGGGGCUGGGGGCACAGCCCAGGUGUGCAGGAGGAGCAGCUCCUACAGGAACAUUCCCUGUGUUCUCCCCAUCCCCAGGCAGCCUCUCUCUCCCCGAGGCCCACCCAGGCCGAUGUCCCCGCUCUGAGCACACCCAGAGCGUCCCCUCAGGGCCCGGCUCCGGGGCAGGAUGAGGAUCGUGGUGGCCAAGGUGCUGUGCCUGCUGGGCAUCUGCGUGCUGGUGCUGGCCGGGGCGCUGCUGCCCGUGCGGCUCAUGGAGGCCGACCACGAGAAGGCUCAGCGCUCCCGCCGCCUGCUGGCGCUCUGCAGCUCCUUCGGGGGCGGCGUCUUCCUGGCCACGUGCUUCAACGCGCUGCUGCCCGCCGUCAGGGGCAAGCUCGAUGAGGUGCUCAGACAGAACAACGUGACCACGGACUACCCGGUGGCCGAGACCAUCAUGAUGGUCGGCUUCUUCCUGUCAGUCUUCGUGGACCAGCUCUUCCUGAGCCUGCAGAAGGAGAAGCCAUCCUUCAUCGACCUGGAGACCUUCAACGCGGGCUCGGACGCGGGCAGCGACUCGGAGUACGAGAGCCCCUUCAUGGCGUCGCCGCGCGGGCGCGCGCCCUACGGCGAGCACGGCCUGCACUCGCACGGCCUGCACCUCCCCGAGCUGGCGCGCUGCGGGCCCCGCCGCCUGCUGGGGCUGGUCUUCGCCCUCUGCACCCACUCCAUCUUCGAGGGCUUGGCGCUGGGCCUGCAGGAGGACGGCAGCAGAGUGGUCAGUCUGUUCCUGGGAGUGGCCGUGCACGAAACGCUGGUGGCCGUGGCCUUGGGCAUCAGCAUGGCCAAGGCGUCGCUGGCGCUGAGGGACGCGGCCAAGCUGGCGGUGGCCGUGUGCCUGAUGAUCCCGCUGGGCAUCGGGGUGGGCAUGGGCAUCGAGAGCAACCGCAGCGCCGCGGGCAGCGUCGCCUCCCUGCUGCUGCAGGGCGUCGCCGGCGGCACCUUCCUCUUCGUCACCUUCUUCGAGAUCCUGGCCAAGGAGCUGGAGGAUAAAAGCCACCGGCUGCUCAAGGUGCUGUGCUUGGUGCUGGGUUACGCUGCGCUGGCCGGGCUGGUGCUCGUGCCGUGGUGAGCCGGGAGCCUCAGGAAGCCGAGGGAGCGCAACCUCACCUCUCCCCUCCCACGGCGCCGGGAGGAGCCGCCCCUUUCACCGCUGGAACAGCCCAAGCCGGGCGGAGUUUCCGUGAUGACCUGGAGGAGGAGAAUCUCUUCCCGUGUGCUCAGAGUGAGGAAUAUCCCGAGGGAUUGUCCCUGACCGAGGGGCUGCAGGGAUUAGCGGACACAAACGUUGAGGAUCUGGGUAAAUUCUGCUCCCGAGAGCUCCUCGAAUGUGUGUGUGCCUCCCUCCUUCCCUUCGGCCACGCUCCGGAGGCUCCGAGGAGGUGAGGAACAAGCAGGAGUGGAGGCAGAGCAGGUGGGAGCAGGGAUUGCCAGGCUGCACUAAGCUGCUUUCGCUGGCUUAGUUGGGAGUAAAACCUGGUUGUAAGAGCUGCCAAAAAUAACAUCCCUGUGGGGCUCUGGCCUUCCAGGCCCUGCUGCCUCCACAGAGCUUCCAAUGCUCCACCUGGGGCUUGGGGAGCUCAGCUUUCCCAGGGAUUCAUGGAAGAAAUGAGGCCGGGCCCCUCUACCCUGCUUCCUUCUCAAUGUUGUACUUAUAGGCUGAGCAUUCCCUAAGGAAAACCUCUGAUAAUCAGGGGAUGAAUCCCAGCAUGGUUCGAGUUGGGGAGGACCUUAAAGCCUGUCCAGUGCCAUGGGCAGGGACACCUUCCACUGUGCCAGGGUGCUCCAAGCCCUGUCCAGCCUGGCCUUGGACACUUCCAGGGAUGCAGCAGAUCCUCACCUUAUCCAGAGCCUGGAAUCCAUCAGCUUGCAGGAAAUGGGCAGUAACAAUUCCCAGCACUGAUAUUUUGGGGCAAACUCUUUGUGUUUUCAGUGCUCUGCAGUCAGAGGGGCUGAGAUGCUCCCAUCAGGGGCUGCUCCAAGGCAAAUCCAGGUCUCCAAAGGAAUGGAAUCACCUCCCUUGAGGGGGAGUGGAGAUGAUGCUCAGAGCCACGAGCAGCCCCUGGGAAGCUCCUGAUCCUGCUGGAUUUGCCUUUGGGAGUGAGGAGCUGGGAUCAGAGGCUGGAGCUGGGAAUGUGCUCCCCCCCAGCUGUGAAACACAGCCUGGCUCAGGCAGGGGCUGCAUUUUAAUUACCCGGAGCUUUGGCUCCUGCAGCAGCCGGGCCGGGCCCCUGGAAGCGCUGCUGGGAUUGUGAGGAUGGAAUUGUGAGGAUGGAAUUGUGAGGAUGGAAUUGUGAGGAUGGAAUUGUGAGGAUGGCGCAGUGCCGGCAGCGGGAAGGAGGCGCGGAGCCUCCGCGGUGGCCCAGCUGCAGCAUAUGGAGGCAGCUGAGCAUCAUCUGACAGAUCCUGGGGCUCGUUAGUUUAAUUGCUGCAACAUCCCCGAGUCAAUUAAUCUUCAUUUGAAAACCUGGAGUGGAAAGGGGGGGGGUGGAGGGAGGUUAUUUUGGGCCUGGCAUGACACAAAGCAGCAGGAUGAGAGGAGAACGUGAUUUGCCUCGGCGUGGUGAAGCCUCGGGGCUGUUUCACCUCUCUCCUAGGGGGGAGGUGACACGGUGCUCAGUGUCCCCUGUCGGGCUGUCACCUCCGUUUCACACCCUCCUCCUGCUGCGCUUUGGGAUGGGGGGCUGUGAAGUGCCAGGGGGUGCUGAGCUCCCCCAUCCUCAUCCCGCUGCCCUGGGGGGGUUCAUCCACAGGGUGGAGGAGGAAGAGGAGGAGGCCCUGCUGCUCCCAAUAAAUUCCCUGCCCUUCUCCCCUC